UUCGCGUCGACUUCGAGGCGACAGGCGACCGAGAGACUCGGCCGAGAUGAUGUUGGCAUGCUGGCUGUAGAGAGACCUUUGCAUGACGGGAUGGAGAGAGACGAUCAAUCAAGCACGUCCAUCGGCUCUGCGUCGACGACAGGCCGAUCGCAGACUCGCUUGAUCAGCGAUUGUCGACAAGCAACUUUCAAUGGAUCCGUACCGCUCUGCAUCUCCCUCGACUUGGCAGAGCUCCCAGCGGGCACAGAUACGAUGCCAACAUCCUACUAUGUACAAGCACCGCGGCUGUCUUAUUUGCCAUUGAUCUUGCAAGAUGCCAGACGACAACUCAUAGAGAUGGUCCUUGACGAUAGCGCAUUGGCUACUCUCAAGGAUGAUCAGAUCUGGUUUGAGUGCCAAGGUGUGCCCAUGCGAUGGCAUUGGCCGAUUGGGCUCCUGUACGACUAUCACGUCCUCACGAAGCAGCCGCAGAGUACCCCCAGCACUUCCCAGCCGCCCGUGUUCGAGCUCAAGCUUCACCUCAGCUCACCGCCAAGUGACAAGCUGCUGAUCAGCUCGUCUGUCGAGAAGUGCAAGGAGAAUUACAUGAACAUGAUCAAAGAGGCCGACUACCUGCGGCAUGGCAAUACCCGGCGCGUCACAGCCCUCAGAAAACAGGACCAAGACGCUCUCUGGGAAGCCAUCAUAAGACAUGACUAUGACAGCUUUGCGAACGUCUCUGCCAAGUUGAUGCCAGACAACAUAGAGAGCAUACGCUCACUCGCUGUACGGCUAUACAUGCCAGACACCCCCGUCAUUCAGAACCUCGUUCCGCCGUUACAACAAGCUCAACCGAUCACGAUCUACCACAUCCUGUCGACCGCCGUGCCUUCCCUGUUCCCUGCCAAGCCAGAGACGAUGACGGCCAGCUUCGUUGGGUCGAAACCGCUUGGAUAUGCUCUUGUGCAAGGAAUCAAGAUCCCCUUUGAUGCAGAGAUGGACUGGCUCUGUGCUGCUCUCGCGGGAGCAGACGGAUGGCUCGCCGUCGUCAUUGUACCAUCGAGGGGUCAGCUUUCUCCGCCUUUUGACGUGCAAGUCGCCGGCUCGAGGCAGUCGACGAUUGCGCACAUGCGUAGCAUCUGUCUCGGCCUGCUGAUCGGCAGCGUACUGGCUGGUCCAGUGCGGCGACAGCUGCCCACUACGACGAGCAUCGCCAUCGGCGCGCCUAAUGGUCACUGGGCUCCUUCCGAUGUCACAGACACCAUCACGACCACGACUGCACUUCUGACAGCUCAGCCUGCCGCGUCGACCUAUGCGCUUCCUAUUGUGAUCACAUCUGACGACAUCCCCUGCAAAGAAAUCAUCAAUGCUUGUCAGUAUCGUUAUGUACAGAUCAACCUCGACUUGUACGGCUUGUACUCCAACACGACGAUCGGUCAUUGCGAUUCGUCCGAUCCUAGAUGUGGCUGCCAGGCCUGGUACGAUAUGCUGAACUGUAUGGGCACCUGCGCUGCCGAGUACAAUUUCAAUGCGGCGAGCCCCGUCAAUAUACGCGCAGCUGCCGACUGUUUUGCCGCGAGCCCACAAGCCGUACCCAGCGUCGUCGAUUUCGGCCCGGCGACGACGACGCUGGGCGGGACAUUGAUACCUACACAGACGACAGUCCUGCUCCCUCUGGGCGGAGGCUCAAGCAUGCAAUAUACCUUUUCGACCUCUGUCAGAGUUGGAGCGACGCAGACGAUUACCUACGAGCUGUACUUUAAGCAGCUCGGCUACCCGACAGCGACGGGUUCGAUCGGCAACACCGAAUUCUUUGCGUCUACAAUGUCGCUACCCACAGUCACUCCCAGCCCGGUUCUUUGAGAGUCACUUGUAUCUAAUGCGAGACAUGCAUACACAGCGGGUGGUCUGCAGGAGUUACAUGCGCUGGCGAUUGCGAGAUGCUACGUUCUGCAAUCCGUGGUAGACUUUGCCAGGCGGCGAGCCCAAGAUGAGCUGACAGACGGCAUCUCUUGCAAUCUUGAUGCCCGAGAACGAGCCAAGAAUGUGGAUCUUGCUAUCUGCCAGGACGAUACGAGUCCGUGAGACGUUUUCGAUCGUGAAGCGUGUUCUGCCAUCUUUGCCUGCUAUUCGCCCAAUCGCUCGGCUGAGAUGAUCUCCAUGGAGCGUCUUGACGUCUUUGACCUGGUCGAUAGUGUGAACGGGAGAAUAGCAGCAAGUAGGCAGAACUUACUUCGAACGUCUCUACGUAGAGAUCGUCAAGGCGAACGAGUGCGAUCGCAUCUUCCGCUGCAAAGCCGAGACAGUAGGCCG